UAGGUGAAUUAACAAGAUUCAAAGCAAAUUAAGCAGAGAGGAAAGAUAAUAGGGGUGAGGCUAUCCUAUAAGAACCAAAAUCGCAACCUCUUUAUUCAAUCCAUAUUUUUCUUUCUUCCUACUCUUCUCUCCACAGUUUAAGUUUUCUUGCCAUUUGUAUCUACAAAAGUUAUCACAGCAUAGCAUGGAUGGUAUUGGAGAAAAAGCAUUUCAGCUUCUCUAAUGGUCCCUCCCUAGUACAAGGCACUUCUUCACAACACAACUUUUCCGAAGAAAACAAAACCUAGGAGAGCGCUUGUGGUCUCUCUAUGUAUGUGAGACCCAAACGUGGAGUUGCUUCUCUUGUUCUCUUUUUUCAAUUGCUCUGCUCUGCAUGAAACAGAGUACCCUGUUGGAUUGUUUUUUGCAAUGAGGUAUAUUCGGAGCAACAGCUUCAAGAGGUUCUUCUCCUUUGGAAGACGUAGUUCAAGGGAGCAAGUUCUGAGUCCUAAUGGUGGAGAAAGUCACGAGACUCUUCCGUCUAAAGAAGAGCCUUCUGGAAGACCCUCUUGGAAGUGCUUCUCUUAUGAUGACUUGUUUGAUGCCACAAAUGGCUUCAGCUCAGAAAAUUUGGUUGGAAAGGGAGGGUAUGCGGAAGUGUACAAGGGGACAAUGAAUGGGGGAGAAGAAAUUGCUGUGAAGAGACUCACAAGAACUUCGAGGGACGAGAGAAAGGAGAAAGAGUUUUUGACAGAGAUUGGUACAAUUGGUCAUGUGAACCAUUCCAAUGUGUUGCCUCUUCUGGGGUGUUGUAUUGACAAUGGCCUUUACCUUGUUUUUGAGUUAUCUUCUAGAGGUUCUGUUGCAUCCCUUCUUCACGAUGAAAAGUUGCCCCCUUUAGAUUGGAAAACGAGGCACAAGAUAGCCAUUGGAACUGCUCGCGGCCUCCACUACUUGCAUAAGGGCUGCAAAAGGAGGAUAAUCCACCGGGACAUUAAGGCAUCAAACAUUUUGUUAACAAAGGAUUUUGAGCCACAGAUAUCUGAUUUUGGACUAGCAAAAUGGCUUCCAUCUCAGUGGACUCAUCAUUCCAUUGCCCCAAUAGAAGGGACAUUUGGACAUUUGGCCCCAGAGUACUACUUGCAUGGAGUUGUGGAUGAGAAGACAGAUGUGUUUGCCUUUGGUGUGUUCUUGCUGGAAGUAAUCUCUGGCAGAAAACCAGUGGAUGGGUCACACCAAAGCUUACACAGCUGGGCCAAACCAAUUUUGAACAAGGGUGGGAUUGAAGAGUUGGUAGAUCCAAGGCUUGAAGGGGCUUAUGAUGUUACACAGUUAAAAAGAUUUUCCUUUGCUGCAUCUCUCUGCAUUCGAGCUUCUUCGACUUGGCGACCCACCAUGACUGAGGUACCUUACACUUCUUUCUUCACUUCUUUCUUUCCCUUCUUUUACCACAAUAAUACACACAUUAACAAAUCAUUAAUAAAACAACUUACUGCU